AUGUCAUCUCGCUCGAUCCCCUCGCCGGAGCAAACCCUCCAUCUCGACAGUAAGGAAACCACUUCCUCCGUCCUCCCUCCCUCGCCAUCUCCCCUCUCCCACCACCACCACCACCAUCACCGACUCUCUCCCCGCCAACUCCUCCCCCCGCUCGGCGCCGCCACCGUGGCGUUCUCCUUCCUCCUCAUCUUCGCCGCCUGCUACCGCAAGCUCACCCAGAAGCGAACCGUGCCCACCGACUCCAAGCCCCCUCACCGCUUCCCCCACUCCACGCUCCGCCGCGCCACCAACAACUUCUCCCCCGCGCUCCGCCUCGGCCAGGGCGGUUUCGGGUCAGUAUUCCGGGCCGCCCUGCCCGAUGGGCACCUCGUCGCGGUGAAAGUGAUGGACUCCGGGUCGCUUCAGGGGGAGAGGGAGUUUCAGAACGAGCUCUUCUUCGCCUCCAAGCUCGACUCGCCUUACGCUGUGACCGCCCUAGGGUUCUCCGCCGACAGGAAGCGGAAGACGAUGCUGCUGAUCUACGAGCUGAUGCCCAACGGGAAUUUGCAGGACGCGCUGCUCCACCGGAAGUGCCCCGAGCUGUUUGAGUGGAAGAAGAGGUUCAGCGUCGCCGUGGAUGUCGCUAGGGGGUUGGAGUAUCUUCACUCGUUGGAUCCGCCGGUGAUUCACGGAGACGUGAAGCCUAGCAAUGUUCUGCUGGACCAGUUCUUCUCGGCGAAGAUUGCGGAUUUCGGUUUGGCUUGGACGAAGACGGAGGAAGGGAAUCAGGGAAAUUCGGCUGAGAAUCAGGUCGUCCCAGAAAAGAGGAACGGCGAAUUGGAGAUGAAGAAGGUCGAAUUGGAGAGCAGUAACGGCGCGGUGGUGGCAGCGACGGAAGAUUGUGGAUCUGUGAUGGAAACCGAGAGCGUGACUACCGCAGGGUUUGAGGAAUUUAGUUUGGGGAUCGACCAGUCGCCGGAGAGCGUUUUCAGGGGUCCGGUCUCCCUGACGUCGCCGGAGACAGCGGAGGCCGUCAGCCCAGCGACGGUCGGGGUACCCAUCUCGCCGCCAGAGGUAAUUGUGAAUAUUGAUAAAGUUAGUGUAGCUAGCGGGAAAGAAGGGGACUGUAAAAAGAGUGGGAAAGCAGCAAAGAGUGGUAAAGAUUGGUGGUGGAAACAGGACAAUGGCCCGGCCGCGGUCGCGGCAGCGAACGUGCCGGUGAAAGACUAUGUAAUGCAGUGGAUUGGAACAGAGAUCAAAAGGGAAAGACCCAGCAGCGAAUGGAUUUCAGCUCCAUCCACCAGCAAGCAACCGAUUACCAAAAUCAGCAAGAAGAAGGAACGCAGGCGAUUAGAUUGGUGGGUAUCACUCGACGAGGAGAAGGAAAAGAAGAUUCUUAAAAAGGAAAGGAAAAGGGCGCCAAGGGAAUGGUGGAAAGAAGAGUACUGCGAAGAGCUGGAGAAGAAGAAGAAGAAGCAGAAGAAGAAGGAACGAGAAAUGGGCAUUGUACAGGGCAACUCCGCUGAAGAUUGGUGGCCAGCAGGGGACGAAGAAUCAUACGCCGGAGGAAAGAGGAGGAAGAAGAACAACAGAAGCAGAGGCAGCCAUGAUUGGUUCAGCGGCGAGCUCUUCAGAGGCCGAUUUAACAGCCACGACUCGCUCAGCGGAGACAUAGCAAUCCCCAAGAGCGGCGGAGUCAGCAGCACGCCAAGCAUGCGAGGAACAGUCUGUUACGUGGCGCCAGAGUAUGGCGGAGGCGGUGAUCUGUCCGAGAAAUCCGAUGUCUACAGCUUUGGAGUUCUACUCUUGGUUGUGAUGGCAGGAAGGCGGCCGCUUCAGGUGACGAAUUCGCCAAUGUCGGAGUUCCAGCGAGCUAACCUGAUACAUUGGGCUCGAAACCUGGCUAGAUCCGGGAAGCUGAUCGAUCUGGUGGAUGGAUCGAUACGAGGUUUGGAUCGCGAGCAAGCCACAUUAUGCGUCACGGUGGCUCUGCUCUGCUUGCAGAAGUCUCCGGCUGCUCGGCCUUCGAUGAAGGAGGUUGUUGGGAUGUUGAGCGGUGUUGUUGAGGUUCCUGCCUUGCCUAUCGAGUUCUCGCCGUCGCCUCCUUCAAGGUUUCCAUUCAAGUCCAAACAGAGGAAGAAGGGGAGCUUAAACAGUGAUAAGCCAUUGUAG